AGGCGGUGUCAGGGGGGCUGCGCUUCCGCAUUGGAGACCGGCCGGUGGGGCUGUUGUUGUUAUUAUUAUUAUGGUGGGCGAUGUUAGGCUGUCGCAGAAUGACUAAACGGUGACCCGUAUCCAGCCUGUCGCCAUGUCUCAGCCACCUCCGUCCCCAUCGCAGGUCCAGCAGAAGAGAAGGGAUCGGCGCAUCUUCUCCGGGACUUGCCCAGAUCCGAAGUGCCGUGCCCGGCUGUUUUUCCCGGCCCAGCAGGGUUCUGCCAGCAUUGAGUGUACGGACUGCGGCCAGAGGCAUGAGCAGAGGCAGCUGCUGGAGGUGGAGGAGGUAACGGAACCAGAUGUUGUGCUGCACAACCUGCUGAGGAACGCCCUGCUCGGAGUUGCUGGGCCUCCCCGGAGGAGCACCGACAUGGUUAAAGUCAUGGGGCUCUCCAAUUACCACUGUAAGCUGCUCUCCCCCAUCCUGGCCCGAUAUGGCAUGGACAAGCAGACAGGCAAGGCCAAGCUACUAAGAGACAUGAACCAAGGGGAUGUGUUUGACUGCUCCCUGCUGGGUGACAGGGCAUUUCUCAUUGAACCGGAGCAUAUCGACACAGUGGGCUACGGGAAAGAUCGCUCGGGUAGCCUCCUCUAUCUGCAUGACACUCUGGAGGAUAUCAAGAGGGCCAACAAUAACCAGGAAUGCUUUAUCCCUGUGCAUGUUGAUGGGGAUGGCCACUGCUUGGUCCACGCUGUGUCGCGGGCACUGGUGGGCAGGGAGCUCUUCUGGCACGCGCUGCGUGAGAACCUCAAGAAGCACUUUAAGGAAAACUUGGACCGCUACAAAGCUCUCUUCCAUGACUUCAUUGAUGCAGCCGAAUGGGAAGAUAUAAUAAACGAAUGUGACCCGUUGUUUGUUCCACCUGAGGGAGUCCCUUUGGGUCUUAGAAACAUUCAUAUAUUUGGACUGGCUAAUGUCCUUCACCGUCCCAUCAUACUUUUAGAUUCCCUAAGUGGUAUGAGGAGCUCUGGGGAUUAUUCUGCGACGUUCCUGCCCGGGCUCAUACCGGUGGAGACUUGUAAGGGUAAAGACGGACAUCUGAAUAAGCCAAUAUGCAUUGCGUGGAGUAGCUCUGGUCGUAAUCAUUAUAUACCUUUGGUUGGUAUUAAAGGCUUGUCUUUACCAAAGCUGCCUUUAAAAAUGCUCCCAAAAGCAUGGGGUGUGCCUCAAGACUUGAUAAGAAAGUACAUAAAAUUGGAAGAGGAUGGAAGUUGUGUGAUUGGUGGAGACAGGAGCUUACAAGAUAAGUAUUUACUCCGGCUCGUAGCUGCAAUGGAGGAGGUAUUCAUGGACAAACAUGGUAUCCAUCCAAGUUUAGUUGCAGAUGUGCAUCAAUAUUUUUACAGGAGGACAGGAGUCAUUGGAGUCCAGCCUGAAGAAGUGACAGCAGCCACAAAGAAAGCUGUUCAGGAGAACCGCCUCUACAAAUGCCUAAUAUGUGGUGCUCUUUCUGAACUUCUGGUUCCAACAGAGUGGUUGGCCCCUGGAGGAAAAUUAUAUAAUUUGGCAAAAACAACUCACGGACAGUUGAAGUCAGAUAAAAAUUAUAGCUUUCCUCUUAACAAUGUUGUCUGCUCCUACGAUGUUGCACAUGACAUCUUAAUACCCGACUAUAACUUGAGUAAUUUGACCAGUUGUAAUUGGUGCCGUGGAACUUCUGUGCGCAGAGUGAGAAGUGAUGCUUCAAUCGUUUAUCUGGAUGGUGACCGAACCAACACCAGAUCCUUUGGUGGCAAAUGUGGCUGUGGCUUCAAACAUUACUGGGAUGGUAAAGAAUAUGAUAAUUUACCUGAAGCUUUUCCCAUUACUCUUGAGUGGGGUGGCAGAGUAGUGAGAGAAACUGUAUACUGGUUCCAGUAUGAAAGUGAUGUCGCGUUAAAUAGCAAUGUAUAUGAUGUUGCAAUGAAACUUGUUACCAAGCACUUUCCUGGAGAAUUUGGGAGUGAAAUUUUAGUACAGAAAGUUGUUAAUACGAUAUUACACCAGACUGCUAAAAAGAAUCCAGAUGACUACACCCCGGUAUCUAUUGAUGGUGCCCAUGUGCAAAGAAUUGAUGACAUUAAGCAUGACAAGGAGUCUGAGUCGCAUACUCCAACCAAAAUCAUAUUGACUGGUCAGAAAGCAAAGACUUUGCACAAAGAAGAAUUAAACAUGAGCAAAGCAGAAAGGAAAAUUCAGCAAAACAUUUCCGACCAAGCGGCCGUGGUGCAGAAACGCAAAACAGAAAUGAUGAAACAUGAACAGAAAGGACAAGCGAGAUCCUCAUCUCCUGGAAGCAUCAGAGACAGCCCGUCGUCAAGCCCAUCCACCCCUACUAAAACACCUUACUCCCCAACUUCUUCCAAAGAAAAGAAAAUUCGGAUAACGACCAAUGAUGGUAGACAGGCAAUGCUUACCUUAAAGUCUACAACAACCUUUACUGAACUGCAGGAAGGAAUAGCAAAGGAGUUAGAUAUUCCUCCAUACUUACAGUGCAUCCGUUAUGGAUUUCCUCCGAAGGAACUUCUCCCACCCAUGGAUGGCAUGGAAAAUGAGCCGGUCCCAUUGCAACACGGAGACAGGGUGACAGUGGAGAUCUUAAAGUCCAAGGAUAAACCUGCUCCGCGUACUUCAUCCCACUCGGUCCAUGAGGUUACAGACGAGGACUCUACAGUUUCUGCUAAAUCCGUUUCCAAGGAACUUCAAGAGCAAAUUGACAAAGAAAUGUAUUCUUUGUGUCUGCUGGCAACUCUGAUGGGAGAAGACAUCUGGACUUAUGCGAAGGGGCUUCCUCAAUUGUUCCAGCAAGGAGGUGUAUUUUACAAUAUCAUGAAGAAAAAUAUGGGAGUGGUUGAUGGGAAGCAUUGUACAUUUCCCCAUCUUCCUGGAAAAACAUUUGUUUACAAUGCAGCUGAAGACCGGCUGGAGCUUUGUGUGGAUGCUGCGGGUCAUUUUCCAGUCGGCCCUGAGGUUGAAGACUUGGUGAAAGAGGCUCUGAUCCAAGUACGCUCGGAAGCAUCUUCCAGGGGCAGCAGGGAGUCUAGUCCCUCGCACGGACUGAUGAAGCUGGGCAGUGGUGGAGUAGUGAAAAAGAAAUCCGAACAGCAUCAUAACGUGACAGCCUUUCAAGGUAAAGGACACUCGCUUGGAACAGCUUCUAGUAGCCCAGAUUUUAAUCAGAGGCCCAGAGAGGUAACUAAGCUUAGUGCAGCGAGUGAUUUCAGUGGCACCUUGACGCAUUCAGAUAAUUCUGCUUUGCCAUCUACAGCCAGUGAUGGGGAGCUUAUCAGAGUAGCUCCUGGAGUAGUGACCAUGAGGGAUAGCAGACAACUUGAUCCUAAUUUGAUUGAGGCCCAGAGGAAGAAAUUGCAGGAGAUGGUUUCUUCCAUUCAGGCUUCAAUGGAUAAGCACUUACGGGAUCAAAACUCGGAGCAUUCAGCAGUUGCUGACACAUCCCCGAAGAAAGGAGAAUGGCUUUCUUCAAAGCCCGUGAGCAGUCACACAAAUACGGUUGCAGAUACAACUUUGGGAUCUGGAACAAGAGGUAGUAACAUGGGAAGUUCAAUGGAAACAGCAUUGCCGGUGAGGCCUAAGAUGCAACCUAGAGUUUCUACAGAGGAUUCGGAAGAGAUGGACAGCCAAGACAUAGAUAUGACCAACAUAGCCGAGCCUAUGGAUCAUUCAUGAUGAGUAGGAAGUUCUCCGUGAAAUUAAAAUACGCUAAUAUAAUAUAUGUUAUAUGAUGGCUGGGCCAUAGUGUGAAAUAAUCCAUUACAGAGAAUCUUGUAUGUUAAAAAGAAUAUUAAAAUCCUUUUCUCUGCAUGAAAA